CCGCCGGUCCGCAUCGGGUUCGCCUCGCCCCUCGCCGGCGGCCUGGACGGCCGGAGAUCCGCCUGGACCGUACACCACUCUAUCGGCAAGGGCAACACCACCGCCGGGGCGGCGCCGGCGGAAGCUUGGGGGGCGUUCUGUUCGGGGUCGGCGGCGGGGAUGGUGAAGAUAGUGACGUACAACGUGAACGGGCUGCGGCCGCGGGUGGCGCAGCAUGGCUCGCUCCGCCGCCUCCUCGACGCCCUCGACGCCGACAUCAUCUGCUUCCAGGAGACAAAAUUGUCGAGGCAGGACUUGUCCGGGGACGUCAUCAUGGCUGAGGGAUACGAGGCUUUUAUUUCAUGCAAUCGUUCAUCAAAAGGGCGUGGAGCAUACUCUGGUGUUGCCACAUUUUGCCGGGUAACAUCAGCAUUUUCCAGUCAGGAGGUUGCUUUACCAGUAGCAGCUGAAGAAGGCUUUACUGGAUUACAAGAGCCUGCAAAAAACAGCGAAGCUAUUGGGGAUUUUGUUCUUGUAACACCUGUGGAAGAGGAGGAUCUUGGUGAAGUGACAACAGAAGAUCUACUCAAGUUGGACAAUGAGGGGCGCUGUGUCAUCACUGAUCAUGGACAUUUUGUUCUUUUUAAUAUAUAUGGCCCAGCUGUUCAGGAAGAUGAUAAAGAACGGCUUCGUUUUAAGCUACUGUUUUACAAAAUAUUGCAGAGAAGAUGGGAACAUAUGCUGGCUCUUGGGAAGAGAGUUUUCGUUGUUGGGGAUUUGAAUAUCGCACCUGCUUCUAUAGAUCGUUGUGAUGCCCCACCUGGAUUCGAGAAGCAAAUGUUUCGGAAAUGGUUGAGAUCCAUGCUGAGAGAAGAUGGAGGUCCAUUUUUUGAUGCUUUCAGAUCAAAACACCCUGAAAGAUUGGGAGCUUAUACCUGUUUUAAUCAAAAAGUUGGAGCUGAAGUGUACAAUUAUGGUUCUAGAAUAGAUCACAUUCUCAUUUCUGGUGCCUGCUUCCAUCAUUGCGGUUCUGUGGAGGACCAUAGCAUUUUUUCCUGCCAUGUGGAAGAAUGUGAAAUUAUGGAUCAUUUCCGGAGAGGGAAUAGCGAAAAUAUGUCAAUGUGGAAAGGAGGGAAAAGUAGUAAGCUAGAAGGAUCAGAUCAUAUUCCAGUAUAUAUUGUGCUGAAUGAGAUACCUCAACUUCCAGUUCAUAGCACUCCUUCAUCAGCUGCUAGAUAUCUUCCAGAAAUCCGUGGACGACAACAGAGUAUAGUAUCAUUCCUAAGGAAAGGCAUAGUUUAUGAACAUAAAGACACCACAGAUUUAAAUAUGUCCAUGCAUAGAACAGAUGGAAGCUACUGUGGCGAUGGCUUGGGAAGCAAAGUUAUAUGUAAGGAAGGAAAACCAACUGUUAUAGCUGAAAUUUCUGAAGGUAGCAAACUUCAUAGUGUCAUCAAGCGGAAAAAUCUUGAUCAGUUGUUAAAUGAAGGUUCAAGCGGUAACUCCCAUGAUAAUACUGCAACAUUACUGGCAACACAAAGUAGAAAAACUUCCUUUUCUUGCAGCAACGCUGUGCCAAACAAGAAAAACAAACAUAACUUGUCUUCCCAACCAACGAUCAAGUCAUUCUUUCAACAAUCAAAGUCAAAGCCAGGAGAUGGCAAUAGCAAUAACCUAGUUACUCCGCCAGAUACUAUACUUGGUAUGGAUGUAUUACAUGAUCCAAAGAAUCUGCCAGAAAGCAUCCAGUGCACAACUGCAGCUACUGAAGAUCAGGGGAACUCAAAUGUAGCCUAUUCACUUUCAACGGAUAAAUGUAAUGACGCAACAUUGGAGUGGCAAAGAAUACAGCAGAGAAUGAAGAUGACCCUGCCGCUUUGCAAAGGACAUCGUGAACCUUGCAUUCCAAGGUCUGUGAAGAAAGGCUCCAAUAUCGGUCGCCUAUUCUAUGUCUGUGCCCGUGCUCAGGGACCUGCAUCAAACCCAGAAUCAAACUGUGGUCACUUUCAGUGGGCCACUGUAAAAUCUAAAGAGAAACGCCGGUGACUAGUCUCUUCUUUCUCAGAUAAGCGAAAUAUUCACUCCUGGGCACGUGUCAUUUGUUUCCAUACACUGAUGAAACUCUGACGUUGUUUUCUGGAGCAAGCUGGUAUUUGAGUCAGCAUUAAUAUUUAG